AUGCCGCAGAACAAAAACAGCGUAACCCGGCUGAUCCUGGGCCCAGCCGGCGUGAAAGGGUGGCACCCUAUGCUCUCCCCUUCCUCCCCAAAGAUCUGUUCGGGCGAUCCGAGACCGUUCAGCAGAAGCACGUUCGCGCGCUUCCCGCCUCAAGAGUACAUUCUGGACCUGGAAAUCACCGUCAUGGAAGAAGUGCAGCUCUUCUGUCCCGCCAUGACUCAGGAGACGUUCCUAGAGCUCACCGACAAACAGUACGGAGUUCAUUCCGAUCAAAACGACUGUGAUACUUCAGCUAGGCGAUGCAUAGCGAACGCCCUAUUCGGGGCUGCCAUGCGGUGGAGGACCGCGAAUGAUUCCUUUAAGCACUUUAGCGGCUUGAGCUGGGGAUACUACAAGAACGCUUACUCCAUUUUCCCGGAGCUUAUUCUUCAGGGCAGCAAUGUGUUGGCAUGCGAGGCGAUAUUGGCUUUAGCCACGUUCUCUCUGGGCACGGCCGAUACCCGCACGACAGCGCAGCUGGCUUCUGCUGCGGCCCGAACUGCCCAAAUAAUUGGGCUACAUAGGAGAGAAACCUAUGCGAACCUCGGUGCCACAGAGUCAGCGCGGCGAAAGCGAGUAUUCUGGGCCACGCAUAUACUCAACACCGACAUGAUGGUCAGAUUUGGACUGUCCCAUCCCUUUGCUCACGGCGAUGUGACAGUCGAGCUUCCAGCCGAGAAUGCGACCAUUUUCGAUGGCACGUCACAGGCACCGUGCUUCCUGAGAAGCAUGGCACAGCUAUCCAGAACCCAAGUCAAACUCCACGAAAAAUUCUCUGCACACAAUAUCCAGCUCCAGUCAGGCACAGAUCAUCACAUGAUGCUGAUACUGUCCACAUGUGAGCUGGAAGAGUGGAAGACCUCGCUCCCACAGGAAUCGAGACCGGAUCCAGCCACUCUCUCGACGACGAGAGAGCUCGACAUGCCUACCGCCCUCUUGCAUUUCAUCUACUUUAGUACCCUGAUCAAGACGCACAUCAACCUGGCACGGCUCAAGAAUGCGACGAGCAUUCAGCCAUCGUCCCCGCUGUACAACGAGUGGGUGAAUAGAGACGCUUUUCCCAGCAUAGAGCAGUCGCACGCCAAGUGUACUGCAGCGGCGCGGGCUAUUAUUGAUCUUCUACGCGUGAUGCCGCCUCAGCCAUAUGUGAACUUGUGGGUUCUCCUCGGCUAUCCCAUCAUGGCCAGCUUAAUUCUCUUGUGGUCUGUACUCGAAGAGCCGACGGGCUCAGACGCCCUUCUCAAUGUGAGGGUCAUGGGCCAGUUCAUUCAGUUCCUGGCGGGGGUGAAGGAGGAAGGCUGUGAUCUGCACAGUGUGUUGGACGGCUGUUCAAAGAUUUACAAGAUUGCCAAAUACGUCGUCCACACGCAGAGAGCCAUGAGGUUGUCGGCGCCCUUGGAGGAAGACAAUGACGUCAAGGAACAACUCGAGACUCUUCGUUUCAAGCUCUCUGGAGUCACGGAUUGGAUGUAUCUCGCCCAGGGUCUACUAAGUAACAUGCCUCUACUUUGCGCACAAGCAAGAGACAUCUUUGCAGAUGUCCUUGGGAUGGAGCAGGCGAAUCCCGAGUAUGGGGCGUUUGCCCCCGAGUUGCUGAUGCCACACAAGCAUAAUGUAUUUUUUAGUUCUUGA